GCAAGCUGCGCCGCGAGCUGGAGUCCUCGCAGGAGAAGGUGGCCACGCUGACGUCCCAGCUCUCCGCCAACGCCAACCUGGUAGCAGCUUUUGAGCAGAGCCUGGUGAGCAUGACGUCCCGCCUGCGGCACUUGGCUGAGACUGCUGAGGAGAAGGACACAGAGCUGCUGGACCUGCGGGAGACCAUUGACUUCCUGAAGAAGAAGAACUCGGAGGCCCAAGCUGUGAUCCAGGGUGCCCUGAACGGCACUGAUGUCACCCCUAAAGAGCUGCGUAUCAAGAGGCAGAACUCCUCCGACAGCAUCUCCAGCCUCAACAGCAUCACCAGCCACUCCAGCAUCGGCAGCAGCAAGGAUGCCGACGCCAAGAAGAAGAAGAAGAAGAGCUGGGUGUACGAGCUGCGCAGCUCCUUCAACAAGGCCUUCAGCAUCAAGAAGGGUCCAAAAUCAGCCUCUUCCUACUCCGACAUCGAGGAGAUUGCCACGCCGGACUCGUCGGCCCCCUCCUCCCCCAAGCUGCAGCACGGCUCCACGGAGACCGCCUCGCCCUCCAUCAAAUCCUCCACGUCCUCCUCCGUGGGCAUCGACACAGCAGAGCUCUUCCAGGCCCAUGGUGAGGGCGAGCCAGAGAAGAAGGAGGUGUCAGAGCUGCGGUCAGAGCUGUGGGAGAAGGAGAUGAAGCUGACGGACAUCCGCCUGGAAGCCCUCAACUCAGCCCACCAGCUGGAGCAGCUCCGGGAGACCAUGCACAACAUGCAGCUGGAGGUGGAUCUCCUAAAGGCUGAGAACGACCGGCUCAAAGUGGCUCCGGGGCCCAAAGUGCCAGGCUCCGUUCCUGGCCAUGUCACGAGCUCAUCGGCCUCCUCUUCACCGCGGCGUUCCUUGGGUCUCACCCUUGGCCAUGCCUUCAGCCCCAGCCUGGGGGACUCAGACGUGUCCCCCAUGGAUGCCGUCAGCGCCGGCACCCAGAAGGACGAGCUGAUGCUGCGGAUCGUGGUGCGCAUGCCACCCCAGCACAUCAUCAAGGGGGACCUCAAGCAGCAGGAGUUUUUCCUGGGCUGGACCAAGGUGAGCGGGAAGGUGGACUGGAAGAUGCUGGAUGAGGCUGUCUGCCAGGUCUUCAAGGAUUAUAUCACCAAGAUGGAUCCUGCUUCCACGCUGGGGCUCAGCACCGAGUCUGUCUAUGGCUAAAAAAAAAAAAGGGGAGACGGGGACGCGCCGGCCCUGCCGCUGUGCCGCCGGGGCCUGACCAGCAUCGUGGUGACGCUCAAAGGCUUGAAGGAGAAGUGUGUGGACAGCCUGGUGUUCGAGACACUCAUCCCCAAGCCCAUGAUGCACAAGACCUACCUGACCAACCGCCUGGCCGAGUACCUGGUGGAGCGCUCGGGUCGGGACGUCACCGAGGGCAUCGUCAGCACCUUCAACAUGCACCAGCAGUCCUGCAAGGACCUGCAGCUGUACCUCUCCAACCUGGCCAACCAGAUCGACCGGGAGACGGGCACAGCGGACGUGCCGCUGGUGAUCCUCCUGGAUGACCUCAGUGAGGCAGGUUCCAUCAGCGAGCUCGUCAACGGCGCACUCACCUGCAAGUACCACAAAUGCCCCUACAUCAUUGGGACCACUAACCAGCCUGUGAAGAUGACUCCAAACCAUGGCCUCCAUCUCAGCUUCAGGAUGCUGACCUUCUCAAACAACGUGGAGCCGGCCAACGGCUUCCUGGUGCGCUACCUGCGGCGGAAGCUGCUGGAGUCGGACACGGAUGUCAACGCCAACAAGGAGGAGCUGCUGCGCGUGCUGGACUGGGUGCCCAAGCUCUGGUACCACUUGCACACCUUCCUGGAGAAACACAGCACCUCCGACUUCCUCAUCGGUCCCUGCUUCUUCCUGUCGUGCCCUAUUGGAAUUGAGGAUUUCCGGACCUGGUUCAUUGACCUGUGGAACAACUCCAUCAUCCCUUACCUGCAGGAGGGAGCAAAAGAUGGGCUCAAGGUCCACGGGCAGAAGGCAGCCUGGGAGGACCCCGUGGAGUGGGUGCGGGACACCCUGCCCUGGCCAUCAGCGCAGCAGGACCAGUCCAAGCUGUACCACCUGCCCCCCCCCUCCAUCGGGCCCCACAGCACCGUUUCCCCUCCUGAGGAGCGCACGGUCAAGGACACGACGCCCAGCUCCCUGGACUCGGACCCUCUG